GCCAAACCGUUCUUCUUUAUGAAACAAUCCAACAACUUAAACCGAAAGCCAUUGUUUUUCUGGGAGUUUGCGAUGGUGUAAGGAAAGAAGCGCAUUCUCUUGGUGAUAUCGUGGUGUCAUCACAAGUUUACUUCCUCGAGCAACAGGAUGACG